AUGCCGUUUAAACAGUGGCCGGUAGCCGAAAUUUCGUCGGCUACACCCAUUUUUUUAGAGUAUAAACGAUCCACUGGCCAGUCCGGCAUCGGUUCGAUCAAGUCUUUUGCAAUCACAAAUGACGUUCAACAGUGUAUAAUUCUGCAAUGACGGAAGAUACGAAAACAAAACAUUUAAGGUAUUGUAUUACUGUAGGUAUUUUUCAGUAAAACAUUAAAAUACAAUUUUAAAAAUGUAGUAAAAAAGAACUUAUUUGGAGUUAAACAUUAUUUAUUUUCUUAAAAAACAAAUUUUUGAUUUCGUACAUUCUACUUACCUAAACUUAGUACAACGUUACCAUUGAAAAUUUGUAAUAUGACCUAUUUUAGAAAAUCAUUUUUGACUAUUAUUCUCAGUCCAAUACUUUUCGAUAAUCUAUAAAAUGUUAUAAGAUUAAAUGCCGAUUAUUGUAUUGGAUUUUCUGGUGUGUCGCACUUUAGCAUUGUUAUAUUAGUACACGACCAACUUAUCAUUCGAUAAUUCAAUGAGUAAUAGUUCGGCAACUAUGAAGAAUUCUUUACAAAUUAUAAUAUCAUAAUUUUGGAAAGAGUAAGCUGUGGUUUCAUCACAUAAAUAUCGUUUUAUAAGAAAACGCAAAGACGUGUAUUGUUAAAAUGAUUUGUUAUAAUAAAAGUUUUUGUACCAGCAUUUUAACUGAUGUCAACAAAUGUUAAGUGAUUGCGGUAAUUGGUGAGCACAAUCAUGAAGCAGUAACACCUCAAAAUAUUGAUCGUCAAGUUCUUAGAGAAAAUUGCAAACGAAAAGCUAACGAAUCAAUUUCAACUAGAUCAAGCAAAAUUAUAAGAAAAACAUUACUGAUAAAUUCAAGUACAGAUAUUGCACAUAAGGAUAAUUAUUUUGUCCGAAAAGCCAUGUAUAUGGUGUGGUGGAAAAACUUUCCUGAACAUCCAAAGUCUUUUGAUGAAGCCAUAAAUAAGAUUUGA